UUGGUAAUUUACAUAACACACAACCUUUAGACAAUAAUACUUAAACCAAAAACCCAUAAUUUACAUGUCCAAUGUUAUGUGUAUUUACUUCUCUCCGUUUUGUGUCUAUUUAGUUCUCUGAAUUCAACAUCACAUCUUAUACCCUUCAUAUGAAGUCAAAUUCUAAAUGAAGGGCUUGGCAGUACAUUACUGAUAGUCACUAAUCCAAUUUUCCACUGCUCUUCAUAGGAGGUUUGUGGGCUGCUCUUGAUAGGAACUUUGUGACACGCCACAAGUAAUAUCAGGUCAAUGCACUGUUGCUGAUUCUUUUAGGCCUGGUGGUCCAAAUUAUAAGCUUCGCAGUGGCACUCCAUUCGACAAUGUUGAACUCAUAGCGGUAUUUCUCUCCCUUCAAAAAAUGAGACCUUUAGUUAAAGUGGACUACUAAAUAAAGGAAGAGUAGUUCAAGUUCAUCACUACCUCCCAAAUGCGCCAAUUUGCUUUUCAAGUUACUAAUGGACAAGAUGUUGGAAAAUGAACAAUUCCAGGUACAUCAAAGAAUUCCCACCAUGAAAAAAGGAAAGGUAGGGAAUCAAUCGGACACCCUUCUCCGCUACCAUAGCUACCUGAAUCGGCAACGACAAUUGGAUGCAGUUGUUGACACUAGCAAGAGGGGGCAACUACUACCGCUGCCCAAUGAUUCGGAAUCUCCUUUUCCGUUUAGAGAGAACGACGAUGCUAUCCUAUUGGACAUAGGCAUGUCGUCGCCUCCACCUCUUCAGAUUGACCCACAUGGAAGUUGCUGCUGUAACUCAAUCCAAGUUUCGGCGGUUUCUCCCCUAUUUUUCGAUAUCAGGAUUCCUCUUCCAAGGUGGGUGAGGGAGGAGAUGGACAAGGAUCCAGACCUUGCAUACACAGAUCAAUGGGGAAGGAGGAAUUAUGAGUAUGUAUCACUUGGUCAUGAUACCCUUCCAGUCCUUAAAGGAAGAACUCCUGUUCAGUGUUACUCUGACUUCAUGAGGGCUUUUAGAGACAGGUUUGAAGACAUGCUAGGUGACACCAUUGUGGAGAUUCAAGUGGGCAUGGGUCCAGCCGGAGAGCUUCGUUUUCCUUCCUAUCCUGAGCAAAAUGGGACAUGGAGGUUCCCUGGAAUUGGGGCUUUUCAGUGCUUUGAUAAGUAUAUGAUUAGCAACCUAAAAGCCACAGCGGGAGCCAUAGGGGCUAGGAGCCAGCAAUUGGUAUGUAGAGAGUAAAGGUUGUCAUUGGCAUAUCCGGUCAUUCAGUUAGCAAGCAGAAGGCAUACAGUACAUAUAGCUGAGAUUGUGAUGUUCGACAUCUUACAUAAUCAAAGGCUCUUUUCUUAUAACUCCCAUAAGAACUUAGUCCCCUUCGGGUUAUUACUUAUGAAUAGAUUAUAUCUUACGAGGGUUCUUCUCAUUCAAAUUAAAGGAGGAUAGUGUCUGACCUCAACCAUCAAUAGAUCAAACUUUAAUCAAUUGACGGUGCAAAAGACACGAAUGCUUGGUUUAGGUGUGAAAUGUGCAGUCUUGGACAAGAAAAAGGUCUUCUCUACGCAUAAUCAACUGUACUUUAUUAACAAUAGGCUUUUCAAAAAAUAGAUGGCAUAGCAGCCUGAGGUCUCAAACACUGUUGAUCAUAUGCGACAUGAAGGCAUUUGCAUCAACAUUUCUUUUGUUUGUCCUUCCAACUCACUAAAAUGGAUAUGGGCCCAUGCCCAAUGUUGGAUUUUCUAGAGUUGAGGAAAAAGUAUCCUCAGUUCAAACUUCCCCACCUUUAUGCAUUGCCCACUCUCUUGGAUACAAAACUUUUAAGACACUAGCACUUAUUUAAUCAAGAACAUAGAUUCCUCAUUCAAACUUGCUUCCAAAUGAUGUUGGUGCAAGAAUGCAGAAAUGGUUAAACAUUUCUUCUGGAUUUGUCCUAAAGCUAAUGACUUCUGGUCUCACUUCUAAAUGGCCACAUGUGAAAUGGAUACACUCUUAAUAAAAAUGGAGGUACUUUACAGAUUCAUUUUAAUCAAUGGAGGUUCUCUUAAACAGAAGAGAUAUAAUCGGCUUUCUUCUUGGAGUCUAAAGGAGGUGACAUAAAAAGGAAGUAGGGUAUUGUGUUAACAAGGUCUACUUCUGGCAGCUUCUUGGUCUACUGCACUUUGUAGUUUGAUUCUAUUUUACUCUUUCCUUUUAAAAACCUUAGGUAAUGGGUAAAUUUUGGAAUGUCAUGAGGAUGAACAUUCAAUGUUGUACACAAAUUUUUUUCUCCGUUUCUUCAUUGGAUGAAGUUGAAGCUAAAGAAACAAGUGUAUUGGGU